GUGACCUUCUGAUCAUCAUGGCCCAGGUCAUUGCUGCUGUCCAGAUGGUUCUGGAGGAGAAGUUUGUCUACAAGCACGACGUUCAUCCUUUACGGGCAGUGGGCACUGAAGGUACAGUGAACGUAUACAUUUAUGGGUGUAUACAUUGGGUUAAUGUAUAACUCUAUAUACAGAAUGUUGCAGUGGUGUUUGUACAGCUUUGAGAGUGAAGCUUACAGUCUGAAGAUAUGCAAGCAUAGCAAUUAGAUUUGUACAUGUGUAGGCAGUACUUAGUGACCUAUUUGACAUUUCUCUUUUUUGUUUCUGUGGAAAUAAUCAUAAUGUCUGUGUUGUCACCUUUAGCGCCGUAUCAAGGACGGAAUGUUUGUAGAGCGUUAGUAAUUCACCCUGCCUCCGUUCAUUUCCACCCUUCUUCUUCUUCUCUCCAGGGUUCUUUGGCUUCUUCAUCCUCUCGCUCCUCCUCAUCCCUUUCUUCUAUGUCCCGGUGGGGAGCUUCAGCAACAACCCCCGCCACGUCCUCGAGGACGCGCUGGACGCCUUCUGCCAGAUCGGCAACAACCCCAUGAUCGUCCUGGCGUUGCUCGGCAACACAGUGUCUAUCGCCUUCUUCAACUUCGCCGGCAUCUCCGUCACCAAGGAAAUCAGCGCCACCACGCGCAUGGUGCUGGACAGUCUGCGCACCGUGGUGAUCUGGGUGGUCAGUCUGGCUCUGGGCUGGGAGCAGUUCCAUGGGUUACAGGUGUUGGGUUUCAUUGUGUUGUUGGUGGGUGCAGCGCUGUAUAAUGGACUUCAUCGCCCUCUGCUGGCGAGGAUUCCGUGCUGCGCCAGCAUGGUGGAGGAAGAGGAGGGCAACCCGGCAGAGAGGGCGAGACUGCUGGAUGAGGGAAGGGUGCAGGAGGAGACC